CGUAUAAGUUAUCAUAUGUGGAGAUGCCCAAGCACUGCAGGUGGAGGCUUUCGAGUGACAUUUCUUGAAGUGAAUCAACCACUGCAGUGUAAGAUGAAGGCCACAUUUGUGUCUCAGAUGCGAGCCCUGUUGUGGCGCAAUUAUCUCCUCAAGCGCCGGAACAAGAAACAGCUCUGGCAGGAGGUGUUCUUUCCAGUUUUUUACUUAUCCAUUUUGAUCAUGAUCAAGGCACUGGUAAAACCAGAAACAAAACCAGCUGUUCAGUUCCCCGUAAAUUCUUUGAACAACAUCUCCAUGAUUAGCCCGUACAAUAAACAGCUUCUUGUUGUUGCACCAUCGCACAUUGAUGUCAAACCAGUAAUGAGGAUCAUAUCGGGAAAACUUCAAAACAUUAAUUACACUAUCUACCCAACCAAGGAAUUAGCCGAGGAGGCCUAUGAGCAGGAUAGAGAUAAUGUAGCAGCAGGAAUAAUAUUUAGCUAUUUACCUUCGGAAGGAAAUGGAAGCAGUGUCUUGAGUUAUGCUAUUAGAAUGUCAUGUGAAUCGUCCCCAGACACAGGAACCAUUUUCCGACAAGCACUGGAUCAAGGUGGUUGUAGGGGAGAUGACAACAAACAAGGUAGUGGAACUGGGGACUGUUUGGUAAAUAUGUACCUUCAGAAUGGCUUUGUCUACCUACAGACUAUAAUUGACUGGGCACUCAUGCAGAAUGAGAAUAUAACAGUACCUUUCAUGGAUGUGAAUGUCCAGUUGAUGCCUAAAAAUAAAUACACUCCAGAUCUCACAUACCUGCAGACAGUCGCAUCCAUCUACUUUGUGAUGGCAUAUUCAUUCUUUAUAAACUUCCUUACUAUCAACUUAGUGGCUGAAAAAGAGAAAAAAAUACGUGAGGGCAUGUUUAUGAUGGGUCUACGGAACUCUGUGUUUUGGUUGUCAUGGUCUGCUGUAUAUUUCCUGAUUAUUUUAUUGGUAACUGUUCUGGUGGUUAUUCUAGCAUCAGUUGGCAAAUUUUUUCAACAUAGCAAUAUUUUCCUGCUUUUCGUCAUGCUAAUGUUGUAUGGCCUUUCCAUCAUUGCCCUUGCCUUCCUUCUCACACCAUUUUUCAGCAAAGCCCGGACUGCAGGCAGCAUUGCAAGCUUCUCUACAAUUGUCAUAUCAUUAUUAUACCUGGCUGUAAGUCAGACUCGCACAACCACGCCUAAUGGGUAUCAAUAUGCUGUUCCACCAAGUGCCCAGUGGGUCAUGUGUCUGCUGUCACCCAUUGCAUUGGCUCUAGCAAUGGAUCAGGGAAUCUUCUUGGACAUCGCAAAAGGUGGCAUGAACUUUGACACAAUAUCACUUGGAGAUUUUCCUUUGCAAGCCCCUCUGAUUAUGCUGGUUGUGGAUAUUAUACUGUACUUUCUGCUUGCCAUAUAUCUAGACCAUGUCAUUCCUGGUGAGUAUGGUGUGCGGUACAAGCCCUGGUAUUUUCUGCAGUGCUCCUACUGGUUUCCUCAGAAGAGCAGUCUUGGUGAAAGAACUCAGCUUGUGAGAAGUGGGGCACAUGAUGACAAUGAGGAUAUUGUGUCAGGUCCAGAUAUAGAACCAGUGACACAUGACAUGCACAAUAAAAGAGCAUUGAGAAUCAUUAAUAUAACCAAGGAGUUUAAAUCCAAGGAGACAGUCACUGCAGUUAAAGAACUUUCUUUGGAUCUGUAUGAAGGCCACAUCACAGCUUUGCUGGGACAUAAUGGUGCAGGAAAGACAACGCUGAUAAAUAUGCUUACAGGCUUGAUGCCGCCUUCUUCAGGAACAGCCCUGAUAAAGGGACUGGAUAUCUCUUCAAGUGGUGAUAUGGAGGAGAUUCGGUCAAUGUGUGGGAUCUGCCCUCAGCACAAUAUUUUGUAUGAUGAACUCACAUGUCGUGAACAUCUCAUCCUGUUUGCUGGAAUUAAGGGAGUGCCUGUUGGUCAAAUAACUGCUAAUGUGGAUUGGGCAUUGAACAGUGUCAAUCUCAUGGACCAGGCAGAAGUAUUUGCCUCCAAGCUGAGUGGUGGACAGAAGCGGAAACUUUCUGUUGCAAUGGCUUUGAUCGGUGAUCCCAAGAUAAUCUUCUUGGAUGAACCAACAGCAGGUAUGGACCCAUACUCAAGACGACAUCUUUGGUCUUUACUGAAAAACAGUAAACAAGGCCGUCUUAUUCUACUUACAACCCAUUUUAUGGAUGAAGCUGAUAUUCUUGCAGACAGGAAAGCAAUUAUCAGCAAAGGAAAAUUGAAGUGCUGUGGAUCUUCUCUUUUUCUAAAGACUAACUUUGGCAUAGGCUAUCAUUUCAAUAUGGUCAAGGAGCAGGACUAUGAUGAAGAGAGAGUUCUGCAGAUGCUGAAGUCUCAUGUCAGUGGGGUGACAUUUAAGAGAUCACAUGGCAAAGAGGUUGCCUACAUCAUUCCUCAUUCUGAAGUCAGCAAAUUUCCUAAGCUCUUCAAGUCUCUGGAAGAGUCUAAAGAUAACAAAACCAUUGCACAGUCUCUUGGAAUCAGCAGCUAUGGUGUUUCCAUGCCUACACUAGAGGAGGUCUUCCUGAAGUUAGAAGAAGAUACAGAAGAGAACAACAAAACCAUUGAAGGCAGUCAAAAUCCAUCGUUCUACAGCUCUGUGCUGCCGUUGGAUGUACAGGAACCUACUAAUGUGGAUGGGGAUUCAACACUUCUAGAUCCAAGCAAGAUUACCCCCAACAUGCAGAAAGAUUCUGGUCUUAUCAAACUUCACAUUUUGGGCUCUGAUGAAGAUCCGAUUUCUCCUGACCAUCCGCAGCAAAGCUUUAUUAUUGUUUCAGAUACUUUUGCGGUGGGUCUUGUUGCUGCUGGCAUUGCCGUGAGUAGAAUUUCUCAGAAAGGUGAUACAUCACAUCCCAUAUCACUGCAAAUAUCAGCUGCUUGGUAUGCUAAUGUGUGGGGAUUUCAAGCUGUCAGUAACAACUAUAUGUUUUUGGACUCUGUUGACAAUGCAACCAGCAAACGUUUUGAGACCACUCUCAACUCCACCUUUAUGGUGGACAGCUUUUUGUCUGGCAAAGUCAACAUUCUUGAUGUGGCACCCCAUUUCCUCGGGGUAAACAUUCUGGCAACAGAUUCAGGGACUGACAGCAUCUUAAGUUACACAGCACUCUACAAUGACACUGCCAUCCAUUCUCUGCCUGCAGUCAUAAACUCUGUGUCAUCAGCCAUCCUUAAGAUGAGGGACCCAAAGAAGCAGAUUAUAACCUAUAGUUUUCCAUGGCCAUGUGGCAAUAAGUUAAAAUGGGAUGGAAGCAGCUUUUCGUCAGCUUUGAUGAUUGGUUUAGCUUUUGUUCUGGUUGCCCCAGGCUUUGCUGUCACCAUUGUGUACGAAACUCAAAACAAAAUCAGAAGCCAAUUACGUGUGUCAGGCGUGACCUUCAACAUGUACUGGGGCACUGUGUUCAUCUUCAGUCUCCUCAUUUACCUGAUUCCAGCUGUCGCCUGCCUUAUCAUAGCAUUAGCAACAAAGUUGCCAUCUUUCACACCAGCAGGUGCCAUCCUGAGUGUGAUAUUUUUGUUUAUCGUUUUCAUCCCAAAUGCUUUGCUGCUAGCUUUUGUGUUUUCAUUCUUCUUCAACAAGUUUGAGACCUGUAUGGCUGUCUUACCAAAUAUCUUUACUAUGGCAGGCAUGAUUCCCUAUAUGAUUGUGUCACUUCUGGAUAUGCUGAGCACACAAAAUACAGCCACAGUUCUUCAUUACAUCUUUCUUUUCACUGAUCCUCUGUACACAAUAUUUGGUGGAUUUUACUACAUUGACAAGGUGCACCGUGUAGCAUUGUCUGAAAUGAGACUUCCUACAGUUGGCGAAUAUUUUUCUUUCAAAAACAACAUUCUUCUCUGCAUUUUGUUGCCUCUCCUUGAGUUCCCAUUGCUGUAUUUACUUCUGAGAAUUCUGGAUGUUCGGAGGAAUGGAGGUACAGUGCAAGAAGCUCUUCCCUUUGGCUUCUCACAAAGCAUGAGGAUUAUACCACCUGAGAACACAGACAAGAUUGAGAACGAGGAUGAAGAUGUAGCAAAUGAAAGACAGCUGGUGGAAAGACUGUAUGAAUCAGAGGAAGGAAGAGAGAACUGUGCAGCCUUUGUUCGACAAAUCAGGAAGGAGUUUAUAAAACAAGAGGAGAGCAUGCCAUGUAAGAAGUCAAAGCAAGAGCAGAUGAAGAUAGCUGUUCGCAAUCUUUCCUUUACUAUAAACAAGGGAGAAGUCUUUGGCUUGCUAGGACCCAAUGGCGCAGGGAAGACAACAGUACUCAAUAUGAUGAUUGCAGAAUUCAUCCAGACAAGGGAAAGAUGGUUGGUAGUGGUGGCUGGCCAUGAUGUCCACUCUAAUUUGUCAGAGGCCUUCCAAGCACUUGGUUACUGUCCUCAGCAUGAUGCACAGUGGGACACCAUCCGACUAGAGGAGCAUCUGGAGUGUUAUGCUGCUAUCAAAGGGAUAGCCAAGAAAGACAUACCACUUGUUGUUGACUAUUUUGUUAAAAACCUAAAGGCUGAUGAUCACCGUAAGAAGAAUUCAAAAGAAUUAUCUGGUGGAACAAAGCGUAAACUCAGCUAUGCCAUGUCGAUGCUAGGUUGGCCAGAAAUAGUUUUGCUGGAUGAACCAUCCACUGGGAUGGAUCCUAAAUCUAAACGCUUUCUUUGGGACACCAUCAGCAGCACCUUUGAGGGGAAUGAGCAGGGAGCCAUCUUAACUACACAUUACAUGGAGGAGGCUGAUGCUUUGUGUUCACGCGUGGGCAUCAUGGUCAAUGGCCAGCUAGAGUGCCUUGGGCCAACACAGCAUUUGAAGAGCAAAUACGGCAGUGGUUAUUUGUUGGAAGUCAAGCUAGGCAUUGGUCAGAGUGCAGCAAGUGCUCUUGAAGAUCGUCUGCUUACUUUGCAAAGCCAUUUGCAGUCCCUUUUCCCCAGUGCAGUGUGCCUAGAGAGUUUUGGAGAGCACGCACAGUAUAGAAUACCACAAGAGGAAGUUCAUGUUUUGUCUUCUGCUUUUGAAGCCUUUGAAAACUGUAAAAAGAGCCAUGGAGUGGAAGAAUACAGUUUCAGUCAGUCCACCCUGGAGCAAGUGUUUCUUGAUUUUGCUAAGAGACAGCUGAAGGAAGGAGAGGAUCCUGGGGAUGAAAACUUGCAAGGCUCAACAGCUAGCCAUACCACAGAUAAUUAGACAAACAGAACUUCACAUCGUGUUUGCAACAUUAUUGAGUUCCUUGAUGCUUUUGAACAUAAAGUGAGCUUUUGUUAAUUGAGAAUAAUUAUUUUAAUGGUUCAUACUUGUAAACUGACCACUUUUGGAACUGUUGUCUGUGAUCCAGAUUCUGCAUCAGUUGAUUAUCAAAUUUCUUAUAAUUGCAGCGCAUUUGAAUUUAAAAAAUUUGUACCAUGUUUCUAUUGCAAAUUGAAUAUUGUUUAAAAUGUUAAAUGAACAGUAAAUUAUUUUACUUCCUGUCUCCCUCAGAGUUAUGAAAUUAAAUAUUUUCAAAUAUUUUGUGCUGCUUCCCUUGUAUAUAUGGUUAAAAGAUAUGCACCUACAUACUACAUUUUUCUACUGACAAUUUUAGCCAAAUGAAAAUCUGAUUUGUGGCAAAAAUAAUCAGCAUUUUGUAAAAUAAACACUUCUAAUCUACAGCUAUGUUCAGCAGAUUAGACAUUUGAGUAAUUAUAUUGGUAAGCAAUUUAUGCAUCUUAUGCAUUUGACAGUAUAAGUUUAACAGUGAGCACUUUACCUUUACACUUAAUCCUUUUCAGCUGUUUCAGCCAUUGGUCAAUCCCAUCACUACUGUUAAGUCCUUUUUUUUCUCUGAACACAGAACAGAAGCUGCCAGGCUAAAAAAAGAGCUGUACAGUGUACAGCAUUGUGAUAGGACAGUGCUCAACGGAUAUAUCUGUUGUCUUAGUCUUUGCUGAUUCAUUUAAAUAUAAAACAUGAUCAAAUUGUCUUCCAUUUUUUGGCAAGAUGCUGUCUUCACUGCAUUCCUCUUCAUUCUCUUAACUUUUCAUAAUGUACACAUAUACAAGUAUAUAAUAAACAACUGCCAGAGUGUUCCUUAUGGACUGACAUCUGUUAUUCCAGUUUUAACCUGGUUGUUAUGCACAUUGCCAAAUUAUUUUAUUUUGUAAUCUUGUCAAAUUCAGAUAUAAAAUACCUUGUUAUCAC